AUGGUGUUUGCUCUUCAAGAGAUUAAUAACAAUCAGCUGUUACUGCCAAACCACACCCUUGGCUUUGUGAUCCAUGAUUCCUGUUUCAGUGAUUCUGCAGCCAUUGAGAGCACAUUCCAGCUUCUUUCUGGAGAAAGAACUCUAAUCCCGAAUUACUGUUGUAAAAACUACCCACCUGUGGCAGCUGUUAUUGGAGACCGCAGGUCUUCUGCAUCGCUUCCAAUGGCCAGAAUACUGGGUCUGUACAAGUUUCCUCAGAUUAGUCAUGCAUCAGCAGUAUCCAUUUUAAGUGACAAGUAUCAGUUUCCAUCUUUUAUGAGGACAAUCUCAACAAAUUCCCUCCAGCCAAUUGUCAUUUAUCAGCUUCUCAGACAUUACCAGUGGGAAUGGGUGGGGCUUAUGGCUACAGCCAAUGACUACGGAUUAGAAGGAAUUCAGUUGCUUAAAGAAAAGUUAACUACAUAUGGAUUCUGUGUUGCAUUCCAUGAAGUAAUUCCUCUACAGAUAACCAAACCUAAAGUCACUUCACUUGUGCAAGUAAUUACGCAAUCUUCUGCUACAGUAAUAGUGAUGUAUGUUUCACCCGAACACAUAAUUCCUCUGAUGGAGGAAAUUAUACAGCAGAAUAUUAUUGGUAAAAUCUGGGUAGCAUCUGGUAACUGGGUAAUUUCUUCAGUAUUUACCAAGAAAGAAUUCUGGAGAACACUAGAUGGCACUGUUGGAACUACUGUGGCCAGUGGAAACAUGCCUGGUUUUAAAGACUUUCUGUACACAAUUCAUCCGAACAAAUUUCCAAAUGAUGUAUUUAUGAAGUUAUUUUGGGAAACAGUAUUUCAGUGCAAGUGGACCGAUAAUAAAACUUCUGUGGCAACAGGGACAGGACACAAUGACAAUCUUAAGUUCUGCACUGGUCAAGAGAAACUGCAGACUCUUGAAGAAACUAUGUAUCCAGUUUCAGAUUUCCGACUUCAGUACUGCAUGUACAAUGCAGCAUAUGCACUGGGGCAUGCCCUGCGGAAUUUGCAGACAUGCAUACAUAAAGAUAGAUCAUUGCUUAAUGCAACAUGUGCAGACAUCAAUGCAUUACAGCCACCACAACUUCUGUAUCACUUAAUGAAAGUGCGCUUCAAAACAUCUGAUGGCGAAGAGUUAUAUUUUGAUGAGAAUGGUGACAUAACAUCCAUUGCAAAUAUCAUUAACUGGCAGCUAACUCCAGAAGGUUUCAUGAAAAGUGUGACUGUGGGAUGGUUUAAGCAUCAUGCUCAGGAUGGGAAGCAGCUUUUUGUUAAUAACAGUGCCAUCAUGUGGAAUGGGGGACUCUUACAGUUGGUAAAUGUGAUGGUUUCUGAGGGAUCUAAGACUGAUGGACAAGCUCAUAUUGGUAAGAUUGUCAUGAAGGGCUUACAUGCCUUUGAGGGUGCCUUUAGCAUUGAUGGAGAUGUGAACGGGGAUGGGUUUUAA